CAAACGUCGAAAGACAUACACACAAUAAAACUCACUACAUUACCUCAUCGGGCUCUGUCCGUUCCUCAGCCGUCCGAUUUAAAAAUGUCGACGCUGUCCGUCGGAGGAGUUAUCGGGGAGGUCGUCGACAGCUUUGUCCCGAGCGUCAAACUCAGGAUCACCUACAACAUCAACAAACAAGUGUCCAACGGGCGCGAGCUCAUGCCCGCGGUUAUUACAGCUAAGCCGCGGGUCGAAAUAGGCGGAGACGACAUGAGGGGUGCAUAUACUCUUGUGAUGACCGAUCCUGAUGUUCCCGGCCCCAGCGAUCCAUACUUGCGGGAGCAUCUCCACUGGAUUGUUACAGACAUUCCAGGCACCACCGAUGCAUCGUUUGGGAGGGAGAUUGCAAGCUACGAGCCUCCGAAGCCAGUGAUCGGUAUCCAUAGAUACGUUUUUGUAUUGUUCAAGCAGCGGUCGAGGCAUACUGUGACGGCACCUGCUUCGCGGGAUCAUUUCGAAACCAGGAGAUUUGCGGAGGAGAAUGGAUUAGGGCUUCCGGUGGCUGCGAUGUACUUUAAUGCACAAAGAGAGACUGCCUGCAGAAGAAGAUAAGAGAAAACGAGAUGUGCAGAAACAGCAUGCCUUUCAAGAUGUUUAAUGUUAUCUUUUCAUAUUCGAUUUGUCUCAUGAUGGUAAAUGUAACUGAGACUAAAUUCGAUGUAAUAACAUGGCAUUUUCUUUCGCAA